AACAGUCAUUUGCCACGCGCUAAUGAUUUCAAUUCCUGAGAAAAGAUUGGACUGUGAACUUCAAUCUCCGUUUCUGGAUUUACUACUGACUUCCAUCUUUUUGUCUUUUCGAUCUUUUUUCUUGGUCUCCCAAGUCAAUAAUUCUGUCGAUUGCUUGCAGAACAAUUUUCCCAAAUGCCCAAACCCACCAUUUUUAUAGCAGGGAAGUUUCUUUCUUUUCAGUUCAUUCUGUUCUGUCAAAACCAACAAAAAUGCCCACAGUGAGAAAACCCCCCCUAUUUACCAAUGCCAUUAACCAAGUCCCCUCUGCCAAGGUCAUCUUCUCGGCUGCUGCAUCAGUUGCCGCCACUGCCAUGUUGGUUCGAUCAUUCGCCAAAGAAUUCGUUCCUCGAGAGCUCCGAGACUACAUCUACUUAAAAAUCAAGAAUAUCCUUGUCUCUUUCUCUUCAGACCUCACGUUAGUCAUUGAAGAAUACGAUGGUCUCAGCCAUAACCUUCUUUAUAAGUCUGCAGAAUUCUAUCUUGAGCCCACAAUCCCUCCUGACACGAAGAGAAUUAGAGUAACCAUGCCAAGAAGAGGAGGCAAGAUUUCAUUGUCCCUUGAAAAGAAUGAAGAAAUCAUUGAUAACUUUAAUGGGGUUCAAGUGAAGUGGAAGUUUGUUACAAAAAAAUUGCCUCCCAAGUAUAUUCCAGGGUCUGAUCCUUACAACCCUGUGCUUAAAUCCGAGAUUCGGUUCUUCGAGCUAAGUUUCCACAAGAAACAUAAAGAAAUGAUCUUGAACGUUUAUAUGCAGCACAUAUUGGACAAAGCAAAAGAAUUGAAGCAGCAAAAGAAGACCUUGAAGUUAUUUACCUUGAAAUAUGAUAGGAUGCCCGGAAGGAGAGGGGAUAUGUGGCAGUCAGUGAAUCUCGAUCAUCCGGCUACUUUUCAAACCCUGGCAAUGGAUUCAGAGGUGAAGAAGAAAAUAAUGGAGGAUUUGGAGAGAUUUGUGAAAAGAAAGGAGUAUUAUAAGAGGGUAGGUAAGGCUUGGAAAAGAGGGUACUUGUUGUUUGGGCCUCCUGGCACCGGGAAGUCAAGCUUGAUUGCUGCCAUGGCCAACUAUCUUAAUUUUGAUAUUUAUGACUUGGAGUUGACUGAUAUCAGGGGGAAUUCAGAGCUCAGGAAGCUCGUGAUUUCAACUGGGAAUAAAUCAAUACUGGUUGUGGAGGAUAUUGAUUGUUCUCUGGAGUUGCAGGAUAGACUUGCUCAAGCCAGGGCUGCGGUGCCACAAGGUUCUCAUCGACUUAAUCAAUUACCUCAGUAUCAGUUAACUCUGUCAGGGCUGCUGAACUUCAUAGAUGGGUUAUGGUCAAGCUGUGGGGAUGAAAGGAUUAUAGUGUUCACAACCAAUCACAAGGACCGGCUUGACCCAGCUUUGCUGCGCCCUGGUCGAAUGGAUGUGCACAUCCACAUGUCUUACUGCACUCCAUGUGGGUUCAAAAUGCUGGCUUCUAAUUACCUUGGGCUGCCAGAGCACCCGCUUUUCUUAGAGAUUGAGGAAUUGCUAGAGAUAACGAAGGUGACACCUGCAGAAGUAGGUGAGCAGCUGAUGAAAGAUGAGGUGCCUGAAAUAGUGCUACAAGGUCUAAUCGAGUUUCUUGAGAGCAAGCUAGGAGAAGGUCAAGAAGCUGACGCUACUGAAAAGAAAUCGGAAGAAGCCGAAGCAGCAGAAGAUGGGGAAAAGCUAGUAGAGAAACAAGGUAAGAGCAAGGAACAGGUAGAUACAGGGGACCAACAAACACUAAUCAUUCAGUAAAUUGGUGUAGUUUUCAUAGAGAAGAAGAUUACUCCGUUUCUUUUCUGCAGAAAAAUCAUGAAAGCCUGCUAAUAUGAAACAAAUUAAGUCUACAAUUUCAUAUUUCUGAACUUAUAUGAAUGUUUUUUUUACUUACCAUUUGUGUGGAAUUGAUAUGAUUUUUCUUUGUCUAAUUAUUUGGUUCGGAUAAUCAUCUAUUUCACAUCAUACCUUCAUGCUACUACAGAAACGGUAAAUUUUGAACUAGUAAACCGAAAACGUCCCAGCUUGAUCGUUGAAAAGUAUCCCAUAUGGUUUGUUUUAAGUAAAUCUUGAAGGUGCUUCCGACAAAGGAAACAGAGCCCAUUCUGCUAGAAUAACAAUGUUGGACUGACAGAUCCAUUUUUUUGUGAUCCAGAAAUAAGGGCUUUGAAAGAUUUUAUUAUUUAUUGAAAUGCGCUUUUAAUUGUCUCGUAAGCUCAGCUAGCUCGCUUGUGUUCUAGUAGAACUAGGCCGAAGGCAAUAAUCAUAGGGCCCAUAUCAUACCUAAGGUUGGGCUAUAUACUAUUUAUUCAAACCAUAUCAAAAAGUGGGCUAUGAAUUGUUAUGCCAAGUUGCCAACCCUGGAGGAUUAGUUGGCCAUUAUUGAUGCAAUUAAGUAGUUGAACCCUAGGCUAUGUCAAAAAAAGGGAGGAAAUGUAAUGUAAAUAAAAUAGAAUGAAUUUCUUAGUUUGUCGGGGAGUAGGGCAACAAUAGUUGAAUUCAAGACCUCAAAGCUCUUUCUUUUUUUCUUUUUCAAUUUUUCCCUUUCAAUCAUAGGUCUUUAGUCUUUACCUUAGUUGACAUUUGCCCUACCAUUCUAGCAAACUUCUGAUAUUUUGGUAAUCUCAAUA